CUAGAUCUCCCAAGGCAUCAUGGAUCAUCUACUAGUAUUUAUUUUUUUAUUCACGUUUACGUCGAUCAAAUGUGAAAGCAUCUCCCCAAACGUUACCACGGAAAGUAAUAAUACGAAUAGUGCAAUUGUCGAGGAUAAACAAACAAACGAAACAGUGACAGCUUUACCUCCUGUACCAAAGUUUCCAAACGUGUGUAACGUAUGCAACUGUACAGGUGUUAUUAUAGAUUGCAAGGGCAAAAACUUAACCGCUAAUCUCGAAGAUUCUCAAUGGCCAAACACAACUAUAAGCACGAUAUCGUUUGAAGGAAAUCUCUUAGACCAUGUAAAAGCUUUCCCAAAGAUUGUGGUUAAAAAAUUAAUUCUGAAAGAAAAUAAAAUCACGAAACUCGACAGGGCCGCCUUCAAGCAAUUAAUUAAUCUAACGGAAUUAGAUUUAAGUCAUAACGAACUUACUUCUGAGAAUUUGGUUCCCCACGCGUUUGAGGGUAAAUUUUCAUCGACCGCUUAUGAACCAUUGGAAAAUCUGACAACAUUAUCUCUAUCGUAUAACAAACUUCAUACGAUCCAUCAGGAUCUCUUCGAACACAUGUCGAACCUGAGAAUACUAAAUCUGUCUCACAAUUUGUUCACGCAUAUCGACGUACGUACUUCCCUAGCGAUCAGCUCUAUACAACGAUUAGAAGAAUUGGACUUGAGUUACUGCGGUUUAAAGGAAAUCGAAAACAGCCAGUUUCACACAACCACAUAUCUAAAAAAAUUGGACUUAAGCGGCAAUCAGUUCACGAUUCCUCCAGCUGCAUUAAACGGGGCCGUGUCACUGGAGUACCUUUAUAUGGACGAAAAUCCGAUCAAAGUUAUCGAUCAUCUGAACGCGUUCCCGUCUAUGUCGAAACUGAAGGAACUGAGCCUUUGUUGCAUGCCUCAUUUAACAACGAUCGAGGCGAACAGUUUCUCAGGCUUGGAGAUGCUCGAACACCUCCGUGUAUCAAAUUGCCCGAAAUUGGAAACAAUCGAAGAAUCCGCUCUAACGUUCCAGAUGAAGGAGACCAAAGAGAUCACAUGGCCGCCACUGAAGAAACUAGAUUUAUCGGAUAAUGCCCUGGAAUAUUUGCCUCAGUACCUCCUGGUAAGGUGGGACUUGCUCGAAGAAUUGGAUUUGACGAAGAACAAGUGGAGCUGCGAUUGCGAUAAUCAAUAUCUGAUUGGCGAACUGUUGCCAAAGUAUGGGAAGAAAUUAUUGGGCGACAACAUCGGUACACUUACCUGUGCAUCACCGCCAGAGCAUGCAGGGACGAAUUUGUCGUCGUUGUCACACAGAACGCUUCGCUGUCCGGACCUUUACGGAGCAAGGCCCGAGAGGGACGCCAUGAUCCUCGUCGGAGUGAUGAUCGGUUUGAUGCUCGCCAUUCCCGUUUGCCUGGCAGUCUUCGUCUUUUGGCGUCGUGGAUACUUUUUCUGCGGGACCCAAGGACCAGCGAGCUUCUCCCGCGCCUUCUACAAGAGAACUGCCAACGACGACGACAUGUGACGUCUCCAUUCUUGUCGAUGAAAUCUAGUCGAUAAAUAGGAACGAGUUAGACGAGCUGACUAACACCACCCCCAAGCUGGUGUUUUGCAAAAGUUAUAAACAUUAAUUCGUAGUGGAUCAUUAUUCAGAGUGUUCGUUAAGGGCUCAGAAUCACAAACGUCGUACGAUAAAAAAUUUCAGCGAAGAUACGAUUAUUUAAGAGUAUUAUGAUUGCACGGUAAGUUAUGAAUUUUUUAAUGUUAUCUAGACUAUAAUUAG